AUGAAGGACACGGAUCUAUUUCAAGCCAAGGAAAUGCUUCGUCGUGACUACGAAGGCAUUGCUCGGAAGGAGAAGAGCGAGAUCGCGUUGAAGGCUACAAGAAGGCUCAAGAGCAAGAGUUUUCGGCCAAAGGAAGCAAGGAACAAGUUCACUUGGACGUGUAAUAUUUGCGGCAAGUAUGGGCGCAAGAAACAAGAUUGCUGA